GAGAGAGAUAAAAAGAUAAAGAGAUUUAGGGAGAAGGAAAAUAUCGCAGAGAUGAAAGUAGACUGAUGUAGAGGACGAAAUAAGUCAACAAAAUAACGUUGAAAAUUCAACGAAAACUCAAUUGCACGUUCAGCAGCCAAAAAAGUAAUUAUUUAAAUAAGGAGUGAGGAGUAAAAAACAUGGGCAAUAAGCUCUCAGCCUGCAGUUGUGCACCACUAUCGAAAAGGGGCUAUCGGGACGAGGAUUCACCAUGGCAGACUGGCGGAAGGGGUGGAGUGGGCGGUGGUAGUCACAGGAGUGACUCGGGCCCUUUGCUCAGGUGCGGAAUAGAGAAGAAGAGACUAUGGGCUGAAGUUUUUCAUGUGAGUGCCAGUGGUACUGGUACUGUCAAGUGGCAACAAGUCUCCGAGGAUCUUGUCCCUGUCAACAUACGUUGUCUCCAGGAUUCACCUGAAUUGGUCUUCCAUAUCACCGCCUACAAUAGCCAGGUUGAUAAAAUUCUGGAUGUACGACUGGUGCAGCCAGGUACAAGAAUUGGCCAGGCAUCGGAGUGCUUCAUCUACUGGAAGGACACGAUGACCAAUGACACGUGGGGUCUCAACUUUACAUCACCCAUUGAUGCUAAACAGUUCAAAGACUGCUGUUCACCCUCAACCAAGACACCGAGGAAAGCGACCUCAUCUUACUCCCUCAAGCUACCGAGCGAACCACCCAAUAAGCAAAAGGUCAAACCACGUAUAAAGCCACUGUCAACACCAGCAUCACCGAGUAGAUCUAAAGCACCACAGUGCACUUGUAUGCCACCGGAGCAAUUUGCUAGGCUUCGCACUCGAGAUCAAAGAUUUAUAUCCCAUGGCGCAUCAACACUACCUAGAACCAUGAACCGCACCUCAGAAAUGGAGAUGACGCCUGGACGUGACAAGAUAGCACCAGCAACAUCGAGUGCAUCGCUUUACGAUAAUGUCAAUAAUACCGGUGAUACACCGGGCAAAGCAUCGAAAUCUGGUGACUCAUGCAAACACAUUGGCAAAGACAAGCAGAAUGAAACUUGUCAAACAACACCAAAAACCGCCAACAUCGGCAUUGGCACAGCAACGGUGGGUUCCCAGAUCGACAGUCCAGACGACAAAGGCACCUCGAUUUCCCCCCAAAAGGGAAUAAAACGUCAGGACAGUGCCACCCAGAAUGGUGGUGAAAGCCUAAAAUCCGAGGGCACCCAGGCAGGUGGCACCCUCCACAGCAGUAAGUCCCAUCGCAAAGAGCAACUUCAUCACACUAAAUCAGCCGAUUAUACCGAGCUAGAAAUGCAAAAUGGUAAUAUCUUCAACAUUGUCAAUAACAAUCACAGUAGAAAAUCUAAGAGUAAGAGUACAGACGACAUGAGAAUCGAGAAUGCUCAGAAUGGUGGUAUAAGCCUUGAUCCAAAUACACUGAAACGUAUGCUCAAACCAAUGUCAAGUAUCGAUAGUCCAGCAACAUCACCAGAGAUGACGAGAAAACGUCACAGUCAUCAUCCCUAUCAUUAUCACCCCAAUAACAACAAUCAGAAGUAUAUACCCUCUGAAGCGGAGAAUGAGAAUUAUGCUCACCCAUACAGAAGUCCCUACAACAACAAGUUCCAGGGGUCACGGAGUGUUCACGAUAUGGGACGCCACUAUACUGGCGGCAGAGGCAGGAUGUACUUAGAUUUGGAACGUAAUCGGUGCGCAGGUGAUAUUUCCCCACCGUCAGACAACGUUAUCUUCGACAAUCAGUGCUAUGCUACAACGCCAAGCUCAUCAAAUGGCAAUUCAGAUAUGGAACAGCCGAAUCACUGCAACAGUCGUCGUUACAAUUCGGGCCAACCUUAUCAUCAUCAUCAUCAGCAACAGCAGCAUCAUCACCAGCAGAACAUGCAGUCGGCCUCAACACCUGGCAGUCCAUCGAGUCGUUUGCUUCUGGAGUAUGAGAUGCAUCUCAGGAAUACAUUGGCCAAGGGAAUGGAUGCUGAGAGUUACAGUCUUCAUACUUUUGAGGCACUGCUUACCCAGAGUAUGGAGAACUUGGAAUUUGCCGAGAACAUCCCACUUAAUGUACAACGCACACCGCAUGCAUCGCGCAGGCGCUCAAAUUCUAAUAAAUCAUCGACAUUACCACUGUCUUAUCGUUAUUGCAAUGAGAGACAGAACAGCAAGGAUCGGGAUGGUUAUUACAGCGAUAGAAAUGAAAUUAUAAGAGAGAAGAGGGAUCGCGAGGCUGAGAGGGAACGUGGAUAUCUCAGUGAUUAUAACUCCAAGUAUGACGCAAAUUGUGCCAGCUGCAUUGGAAGUUCAGCCAGGGCCCAAUGGUUUCGCCACUCGGACGGAUGGCAAUCAGGCAGCUCCGCACUGGGCUCAGUCCAAUCCAAUUCCAUAAACCCUGGCUACGGUGGACACAGGCGAGACUCCCCCUGGGAUUCUCUACCAUCGCUGCGUCACGAGGGAAGUCUCAACGACAGUGGUUACAGGUCCAACAGAACAGACUCCCUGGAGCAUCGCGGAACAUUUGAUAGACAGGACAGUGUGCGGUCGGAUUACAUGUCCGAUAGAGAAGGCAGAUACGGUAUAGUGCAACAAGCAUCACUGGAGAGUACUGACUCAAGGCUGUGCUACUUGACUUCGUCAGAGAUGUCGGAUGACGAUCGGAUGUCAUUGACGACAGCAGUGAGCGACGAUGAUGACGGUGAGAGUGUCAUGAAUUCACCAUACAGGGCCAAGCAGACUGGCACUGCUGCAGCAUCUUUCAAUUGCACUGGGGCAGUACGUAAAGCUGGGUUUCUGAGUGUGAAGAAAUGGUUGCUACGUAAAAAGCAUCAAAUUGAAUUGGCCCGAAAACGGGGUUGGAAGGGCUACUGGGUGUGUCUGAAGGGUACAACACUUCUCUUCUAUCCCUGUGAUUCACACGAGAUCAGAGCAGUUGAGACAGCACCGAAGCACCUCAUUAUUGUCGAUGGUGCUAUCAUGCAACCAAUUCCCGAACAUCCCAAGAGGGACCACAUAUUCUGCCUGAGUACAGCUUUUGGGGAUGCAUACCUCUUCCAAGCGCCAUGUCAAGUUGAACUUGAGAAUUGGGUGAAUAGUAUUCACUCGGCGUGUGCCGCUGCAUUCGCGAGACAUCGUGGCAAAACCGGUACCCUCCAUCUUCUCCAGGAGGAGAUAUUCCGUUUGGAAAAGGCUAUUGAAUCGGAUUACAAAUUGAAACACAUGGCUGAUCUCCAGCAGUCCGUUGUUUCCGAUGUCGAAACAAAACAGGAAAUUAAUAAUCAGAUUGUCCAGUGGGAGGAAAAUCUUGAACGGCUGCACUGCGAACAAUUCCGGCUACGCUGUUACAUGGCGAGUUUGCAGAGUGGUGAAUUGCCAAAUCCCAAGAGUCUGUUGACCCACGUGUCUCGUGCUACGAAGCAGACCCUAAACAAACUCGGUGUAUUCACGGUAUCAUCUUUCCACGCAUUCAUCUGUGCACGUAGCCCGUCCUUGCUCAACAAUUUGCUGGCCGGUCGUGGUGCCACAAAGAGGAGGCCACCACUCUUGUCGAGAUCCAACAGCGGCUCCAGUCGUAGAUCACUCCAGAUCUCCUCAAGGGACGACGAGAAGAGUGUCAAAGUUUCUGUACCCGAGAAUCAACUUGUUUCCGUAUAUUUACGUGAAAGUAUGACAGUAGAAGAAUUCUUAGCGAGUGCAUGUAGUAGAAAGGGCCUCAAUCCAAUGGAGCACUUUGUCAGAGUGAAGAAACGUCGUGAUAUGGAGGAUCAUAAUUAUUUUGUGCCUCAUAGAAAUGAUGGAAUAGAGACUUAUUUGCACACCCACGAGAUGGUGGAGGUAUGCGCUAAAAUACUUUAUCAAGUGGAACUACAGCGUAAUACCCUUGACCAGAUGUGGGGCUUCUCCGUUGAGGCAGAACUGAUUGAGAACUCAGAUCGACAGGAUGAGUUGUGCUGUUACGUCAGCCGGGUUGAGGAUAAAAGUGUGGCGAUGCAGAAUGGUAUCAUAAAGGGAGACGAGAUUAUGGUGAUAAACGGUGCUAUCGUUAGUGAUCUCGAUAUGAUGUAUCUCGAGAGUGUCCUUCAGGAAGAGCUUGCUUUAUGUAUGAUGAUGCGCUCAUCAAGAACAGAACCUCCAGAUCUGAUGAGGGUAAUGGAUGAUAUAGAUAGCCUGGUAUGCCCACCUCCACCAACAGAUCCACCCGUAAUAAGCGAAGAAAUGAUAUCUGGACUCAUUGUACCAGCGCCAGGACGUAGCAAAGAAGGUAUAAUGCAAGAGUGUAUAAUCCCAGGUUCACACCUUGAUAAUGGAAAGCAAACAUCGCGCACCAAUUCAUUUGAGAUUGAAAAUCUUCUCAAGACUGCUGAACAAGUAACUGGUAUUUGUCGUUCACCCGGUGAUACUAGAAAAUCUAGUCCAACUGGAAGUGUAGUGAGCUCACACUCGCAAGUAUUGACACCGAGCAGGCAGCUCACUGAUGCUGAAAAGCUUAAAAAAGUCAUAUGUGAACUCAUUGAAACAGAGCGGACAUACGUAAAGAAUUUAAAUAAUUUAUUGGAGAAUUAUUUGGAGCCGUUGAAGCGGGAAACAUUCCUGUCGAAUGCUGAGGUCAAUGCACUAUUCGGCAAUAUUCAGGAAAUUGUGACGUUUCAGAGGCAAUUUUUACAGAAUCUCGAUCAUGCCAUUGAAAUGGAGGCUGAUUUUAACAACUUUGAGCAUUCAAGUCAAUUUAAGGGUGUCCUGUUUUCCAUUGGAAGUGCCUUCUUAUAUUACGUGAAUCACUUCAAGUUGUAUAGCUCGUUCUGCGCCAGUCACUCGAAGGCCCAAAAAGUUUUACAUCCGAAUGAGGGAAAUCAAGCAUUGCAAGAAUUCCUCCAAGCGAGGAACCCCCGACAGCAGCACUCUUCAACUCUAGAGUCUUAUCUGAUAAAGCCCAUUCAAAGGAUACUCAAAUAUCCACUUCUUCUCCAACAAUUGAAGAAUCUCACGGACGAGCGUAGCGACGAGCAUCAACAUUUGAUUGAGGCAUUGAAGGGCAUGGAAAACGUUGCUGAGCAUAUAAAUGAAAUGCAGAGAAUUCAUGAGGAGUACGGAGCAAUUUUCGAUCAUUUAUUCAGGCAACAUCAGAAAUCUUGCAAGCAGCCAAUCGAUUUGAGUCCCGGCGAUUUGCUCCACUACGGUGGCGUCGAAUGGCUAAAUAUUUCCGACUUCCUGGGAAAGAUUAAAAAAGGUCUCGAGCUACAUGCCAUGUGUUUCGUAUUCAAAUCGGCGGUGGUAUUCCUGUGCAAAGAGCGUCUGAGGCAGAAGAAGAAAUUAAUGGGUGUUUCAACAAAAACAAAUUCCAGCGAAGUUGAAAUAAUUCGUUAUCAAGUACUAAUACCCGUGACCGAAGUGCAGGUUCGUGCUAGCUCCGCUAAAGACAUGGAAUCACAUUUCCUGUGGGAAUUGAUUCACCUGAGGAGUCAAUUACAGAGACGCUCUGAGAAGGUGUAUGUUUUAUCGAACAGCGCAACGGAAUUCAGAAAUGCAUUCCUGAAGACAAUUCGCCAGAUUAUUCGUGAAUCAGUGAGAAACAUGAGUAUACCAUCGACAAAGCAGAAUAUGAGCCAACCACCAAUGUCGAUGGCGCCGAGAAUGUCGACGGGACACGUUGAGAAAUUCGAUAAGUCACAAUUACAGGGUCAGGGUCAGAAUGGUAAUGGUAAUACUGGUACAUUGUCGAAGAAGGCUGUGAAGCAGCAGAUGUUGUCAAAUACAUUAAAUUCGAGGAGAAAACAUAGUCAAUCAAAGGCAUCAGUGGAGCACGAGAGCUCGGAGGACAGAGAGGGUGAGGAUCCACCACUUCAUCAUCAUCAUCAUCAUACGUCAUUUCGUACACGGAGUAAAACCAUCAGCGAUACAACAGGUGAAGUAAAAGUUGAUAUGGAUUCAGGAACGAAAUCGGAAGGUGAGGAGGACUCACAGGGAUUUUUAAGCGAGAAGAAGACAAAUCUGGGUAGAACACCAAAUCAUCUCACGCUGAGUACAACUUCAACAAUAUCAGCUGGCAGUACUGGGAGUCAAGCUAAACUUAUACAAUCCUCUCAUCAACCCGAGAAUUAUCAGCCACCCAUGGUUAAGGAGCUCGGUUCGCCAAUUUGGAAGCCGCGGGAGCUACCGUCACUCGGGGAGGCCACGACGUUGCCGCGGAAGGGUAAGUCGGCCAGUGAAUUCAAUGAUAUGAACUCGGCUCACAGCGCCUCCCGAAAGUCACUCAUUGAAAUCAAUAAUUGUGCUCAACAAUCUAACUUUAAUAAUCACGUUUAAGUUAAUUAAAAACCAAAGGAAAUUAAUAGAAAAAAAAGCAAACAAGAAUCCAAAAAACAGUGAAAUACCUAUUACAAGAAAUAAAGAAGAGAUAAAAAUACUAUGAUAAUUAUUGAAUUAAUAUUAAUGGAGUAAAUAGUAGAUUUCAAAAGAAAAAAAAAAUCACUGAGGUUACACUAUAACUCGAUAUCGUGUAACUUGAAUCUAGUCAGUGUUUCCUUUUUUCUUAUUUUUGCUGUCCUCUGCUGCAAACUAUAACUGAAUUUCUCUCUUCCGUUUUUCCAAAAAUUUUCACCCUCUCCCUUCCAAUUCUUAUUUUAUCAAGAUUAUGUAUUAUUUCCAUGAUUUGGUAUGAUAAACUACACAAUCGACUCUUGGGAAAUGGUUAAAAACAAUGUGUGAAACAGUAGCUGUAUCAUUGUACACUGAUGAAGUAAUAUAUACGUAAUUAGACAGGGGAUUGAACAAAAAGAAUAAUUAUUUCAACACGUUUCAGUGAAAGAACAAGACUCCUCCUAAUAUAAAAGAAAUAAAAAAUAUAUAUGCCGACUGAUCUCAACAAUCCUAUGCAGAUUUUUUAAUGCAUUAUACUUUAUAAUAUUGAAGAUGAGACUUCGUUGCACGGAGACUUUGCAAGAUUUUACGAGUAAAUGAAUUCAUUGUUAGAUAUUAUAACUCUUGUGAGAAUAUUUAUAAUCAAAUAGAACAUAGGAAGCCCAAGAAAAGAUGAAAAUAAAUAAAAAAAGGAAAAAAAAUAUUAAUCACUUACAGGGUUUUGAAUUUUACGUGAAAAUGAAGUUUGAAGAUUUAUGAGAUAUUGUAUAAUGCAAAGUGAUGAUUUUCAAAUGUUUUUAAGAUUGCCACUCUUUCACACAAAUGCACAAUUAACGAGAUCGAUUUUUACCCCAUAUUUUAUCUCAGAUUUAUUUCUAAAAACCAUUGAUUCUUCAAUUCAUGGAAAGUAAGAGCUUUAACCGAUUCUAGUCAAUGACGUCCAGGUGAUGUCAGUCUCCAAUUGAUGAAUUGAUUUAUACGAAGAAUUAAAUUUUAAAUACAAAAUGGAAAUACGUAAGAUCGAGCGAUGCUGCAGUGUGGACAGCAAUGAUAUUAAAAAAAACAUAAGGAUAACGAUAAUUAACUCUGUAUAUAAUGUAAUAACAAAAUUCGAUUGGAAAAGUUGAAAAAUGAAAUGCUGAGAAUGUAACACUUUGAAAUAUAGAGGAAUUAUGGAUUGAAGACUAUAUUCAUGAGAAUGAUAUAUUUAUGAAUAUAUAUGUGGACACUGAGACGGUGUUGACGUAUAGAUCCAUUGUUAUAUCUUAUGUAGAAAGAUUUUAAAAGACCCAAAACACUAUUUCAACACGGUUCAUCGUGGCUCAAUGCCUUUCGAGCUGCAUAGCUCAUUUAUUUUUAACAUUACUUAAAGAAUAUACCGAGCUCGAUUGACAUUGAGGUGCGCUGAAAAAUUUGGGAAUUAUCGAUGAAAGAGUACGAUUAGAAAAAGUGAAAAAUUAAAGGUGAGGGAAAAUUGAUAUUAAUUAAUUUCCUUGAUAAAUUCCAUUGGAAGUCAUCCGAACAUUUAUAACAAUGAAAUUGUUGAUAUUAAGAUUGAAAGAUUGAUAUCAAAGGAGAAUUAAUUCGUGUGAAUUAGACAACAGAAAGUAUCCAUAGAUGAAAUUAUCCACAAAUGAAUAAGAAAAAAUCGUAAAACUUAAACGAGAAAUAUAUAUAGAUGAAUAUAAAGCUAUAAUAUACGUAUACUCAAGGUAAACGAAGUGAUGUUGAUUACGUGCGUUACGCGCGGCGAUCUCGACUGGUUCGAUGCAAAAAAAGAGAAAAAGAGACGAGAAGAGAAAACGAGAAAAAUGAACCGGGACUAUUUUCUACCCGAUAAUUGUGACAAUUCGUUAUGGAUAAAUUUUACUUCACUCAUAAGCGCCGAUUAUCUCUCAACGAGGAUAUUUUCUAUAAAAUUCUCGGUCGUUGGAGAAACAAAUUUGUAGGAAUUUCUGAUAAAUGCGAAUUAUUUAAUUCCACGAAGUUGAAUUUUCAGGAUAUUAAUCUCACACUCUUCCAGGAACUCGAGUCAUCAUCGACAGUUCACUGUGAGUUUAAUUUUAUAUGAUAUUUUUUAAUGUAAAUUAUGUUUUGUAAUGAUUUAUUGAAACAUAUAUAUUGUUCAAUUCUAUGCUGAGAGACUAUUUAGUGUUAUUAUGUUAAUUUCAAUAUUUCGAUUUGCCUGAAAUUUUGAGAGUAGAGUGCGAUUUUUAAAAUUAUUCGAAGCAAUAUUUGGAUAUUAAGUAUAAUCGAAGGAAGGGAUGCCGCGUGCGACGAAUUACAGUGAGAAUCGGUGGUGUUCGUCGAUUACAAGAGAAGUUAUUCAAUUCGCAAUCACUCAAUUACUAAAUGAACUCAAAACUGUCGUCAAUGCAAAUAUUUAAAAUUAGAUUUGAAUACAAUCAGAUGGAGGACUGUAAAACAUUAUCAGUGAAUACUAUUCGAUUAUUCGCGCUCUUGUAUGGCCAACAUCACUGAUGUUAAAUGUUUCGAGUCUAAAAAAAAUUUAAAGGAUAAAAACGCGGGAAAAUCUUCUUUUGUUACUGAGAUGAUUCACAUCAAUUUUUAAUUGAGUAAAUCAAGCCAAAGUAAAUGAGUGAUUCCACUAAGUUUGAUAUUAAUCUACCAUUGAAUAAUAAAACGCAUCUUCCGAUUUUACUUUCACACUCUUCAUUGCGAAUUUUUGAAUGCAUUGGUCAAUAUUGGAUUUUCGCUGAAUAAAUUUUGCAUUUGUUGACACCAAGAACAAAGAAAUACCAAAUAAAUAACUGUCGAUUAUCGUUAAUGUGAAGCCAGACUAUGUGACCUCAAUGUCUGAAAAUGUGAGAUUGAAAGAAAAAAAAAUAAAUAAAAAAGAAAUACUCGAUAACGGCUAUCACUGUAUAAGACCAGGAAAUAUGAGGAAAAAAAACAAUGGUUGCCCUCUAGUCUGUAAUUCAAGGUCUAAUAAACCUUACUAGUAUACACUGGGUCACUCGGUGCAGGAAAAAAAAAUAGUAAAAUAUUCAAUAUUAAGUCAAAGUAUAUCUAAUUAAGACAUCGUUUAAGAUCUGACGGCGAAGAAAAAUGCAAAAAAAACUUAAAUAAAAUGAAAAAAAUAAGAAAAUACCUAUUAAAUAAUUAUUAUAGGCGGUUGGCGCACAUAAAAGUAUUAACGAUGAAGAGGGAGGAAAAAUGAAUUAAUCGUAAUAAUAAUGAAGAAAAAUAAAACUAAAUGACAAAGAAUGGACCUUCUGUUGCUCGAAUUAUUGCAUUAUCUAAAUAUAUAAAUUUUAUGUAAUAAAUUCUGUCGAGGCGCGUCCUCCGAUCGAGAGUGUUCGCUCUUUUAUUCCAGGUGAAUACAAACUAAAAAUUAUAAAUGAAAAAUUUGUCACGGUUUCUCGUCUCAUUCACAUAUUUUUAAGUAAACUGAGUAUAUUGUACGAAAGUUGAUAAUCAUCUCUGUAAUAUUUGCUUCGAAAAAAACAAACCUAAGAGUGAAGUCAUAAGAUUCACAUAAUAUUUCAACCAGGGAGAAUUUUUUUACCUAAUAAGCCAUUGUUUAAGGUAACUAAUUUCAUUCGCUUCGUCAUUAUUUCAAUCCACUCACCUUCCUUUUGUAUGAGAAAAUCAUUAGAGAGAUAAAAUCACACUAAAGAGAUUUCAUUGAAAUAUUUAUAAUUGAUAAAGAAAAAAUAAUAAACGAGAAAAAAAAAUACAUCGUUGUCUAUCUUUCUGUGCACAUUGGGAUUGACUUUGAUGAAAAUAAAGAAAAAUCUUUAAAAUAUCGAUCGAAAGUUUUAACAGAUAUAAUUAAAUAGCGAAGCAGAGAGAUGGUAAAUAUUAAAAUAAAUAGGAACGCGCUAAUUGGCUUCAUGAGAGGUGGAAAUCUCGUCAGAACUGAGACAAAAUAAACCAGGGAUAAAGACGAGAUAAAACUCAAGUUGACGAAACCACAACUAAUAAUGAAAGAAGUGUAACGAAACCCUCUCGAUUAGAGGCGUCCCAAUAGUUGGCCUAGUACCGGAGUAUCAUGUUUUUGCCGCCCUCCUUUCAUUCCCCGCCCCACAGAACCCGGAUUGCCAUUGGAUUAUUGAAUUAUCGUCUAUUAUUGAUAUACUUCGAGAAAUUUUAUUGAUAUAAAACUUUAUCGCUACCGUUGACGAUGUAUUUGAACACGAGGACGGGUAAAUUUAAUGAAGUAAUUAACAGAAAAUGAAAAUUAAUGGAGAAACCAAAGUGAAUGAUCUAUGACACGUUGCGAGAAAUUCAGAAACUGGUGAUGAUGCGAAUGCAGUCAUGUAAAGUCGUACUGGAGAGAUUGUAAUCUUCGAUUCAUAUUCCCCCACUAUUGAUACACAGGGGACUCGAAGACUGGAAUCUUAUCGGUAUGUCUGUAUACCCAUUGAUGAGGAUGAAUAUCAUAAAAUCGUGAGAUAAUUUUUGUUUGCGCUCGAGACUCGCGACGUUCAAUGGAUCGACUAAUGUAGUAUUUAGUUCGUUUAGAACAAGGGUAACAUCCUAAUGGAUGUGGAAAAAUAAACGAAAAAAUACUAGGUAAGAAAUAAAUUAUAAAGAGUAACGAGUCUUUCCAGAGUGAAAAAACAAUGAGGAAAAUGGAAAAAAAAUGAAUACCCAAAACUUCAAUAAAAUGAAAACUCUUUCUUUUGUUUUGGAGAGCAUAAAUGGUGAACUAAAGACAUGUAUUAUAGUAAUGGAAAUAAAAAUAAAGGAAAAAGUGUUGUUUUUGCGUUCGAAACUUUGUAGUGAUGAACAAAAACACAUACACACAAAAAAAAUGAUAUUUAUUGCGAGGUAUCAUUGCAAUUAUUGAUUACAUUUACUGUACUUAUUGUUAUCGUUCCUCGGUUAACGUGGGAGAAACGUUUACGAGAAAUUCCAUUUGUACAAUCAUUGCGUGACAUUAAAAUAUGAUUACUCAUUAUGAAAAAAUUA